CACACUUCUUUGUCUCUGACCAGACAUGUCUGUAGAGUGCAGGCUGGUGUUUGUAGAGUGGCUUUAAUUUGGGUUUGGCCACCGUGCUCUGGUGAUGUGGGAAAGACCUCAGACAACUCAGUACGAAGUCUUCGUUUGGUCAGAUCCAACUUUACUGCUUAGAAUCCUGUUCUUUCAGGAUUUACAUUUUACCCCAGAUGUGGUGUUCUGCGCGCCUGAUGAUGUCUGGAAGGCUGAGGUUCGGGGUGGACAGACUUGUUGGGAGGGCGGACCUCUCGCGGCAGGUCUGCUAGCCGGGCCAAGGUCUGCACCACCCAGCCGCCGUGGCCUUGGGGGCGGUGAGGGGUGAGAAGCCCCCAGCCCGGGCUCCAGGCCUCUGGCGGCUUCCCCGUUCUCCGACACCCUGGUGAGCAUGUCCUUGCCUCCCGAAAGGGCAUGUGUCAGCGAUGCAGAUUCUCUGCAUGCUAUGGGGGCUUCCGGCCCCAAGGUGGGGUGGGCAGAAAAGCGUUAAGGUCCUCCAGCACCUCUCUGCCUGUGGGGGGUGCUUCUGGUGAGCGGCUGGAAAGGCAGGGUAGGCAGGCUGCCCCUGGCUCCUUUACUGGUGAAAACUCAAGGCUCCGAGGCGGGAGUGGCCAGACUGGUCACAGUGACAGUAGCUGCUGGGAAUGGUUGUGAUUUGCUUUUGGGAUUUUUUUGUUUGUUUGUUCGUUCGUGUUUGGACCAAAUGUCUUCUGGGAAAGUGUUAGAGAAUUGAUGCUAAUAGUGAUUUUUAAAUAAGAAACCACGUGGCCAGCCCAUCCCCAUGAGACAGCGUCCAGUUUUAGUCCUGAUCUUCCCACUUCUCUUUGCGGUGCUCAGAAGGAGGCCUCGCAGGUUAGGUGCGGGUCUUGCCUUCUUUGUUCUGAUGGCUUUAAGCCCUGCCCUCCAUGCGGCUCCUCAUGGGGAGAGGCCAGCUCGGCUCCUGGCUGGGAUGCUGGCCAGUCACUGUGCCACGAGGACCUCCCUCCCCUCGGUGCCCAGUUUGUCAGCAGGGUCAGCCCGGGUGGGCUGGUUUCUUUGACUCCAGUUUGGCUUUUGGGGGUGCAGAGACCAUUCCAAUCUCGAGGGAUGAGCAUUUCUGGGGCGGAAGGCGGCCUCUGUGCCUUGGCGGCUGCUGGAGCUGGGAGGACCAGGAAGACAUGGCUGCCCACGUUGGCGCUUCCCGGACUCCCCAGGAAGUGAUGGAGCAUUAUGUAAGCAUGUACAUCCACGGAAACCUGGGGAAAGCCUGCAUCCCCGACACCAUCCCCAAUCGGGUGACAGACCACACCUGCCCCAGUGGAGGCCCCCUCUCUCCCAGCCUCACCACCCCCUUGCCUCCCCUAGACAUCUCGGUGGCCGAGCAGCAGCAGCUGGGCUACAUGCCGCUGCGGGACGACUACGAGAUCGAGUAUGACCAGGACGCCGAGACGCUCAUCAGCGGGCUCUCGGUCAACUACGACGACGACGACGUGGAGAUCGAGCUGAAGCGCGCGCACGUGGACAUGUACGUGCGGAAGCUCAAGGAGCGGCAGCGGCGCAAGAACAUCGCGCGCGACUACAACCUGGUGCCGGCCUUCCUGGGCAAGGACAAGAAGGAGAAGGAGAAGGCGGCCAAGCGCAAGGUCACCAAGGAGGAGAAGGAGCUGCGGCUGAAGCUGCGGCCGCUCUACCAGUUCAUGUCCUGCAAGGAGUUCGAUGACCUGUUCGAGAACAUGCACAAGGAGAAGAUGCUGCGCGCCAAGAUCCGGGAGCUGCAGCGGUACCGGCGCAACGGCAUCACCAAGAUGGAGGAGUCGGCCGAGUACGAGGCGGCUCGGCACAAGCGCGAGAAGCGGAAGGAGAACAAAAACGCGGCGGCCUCCAAGAGGGGCAAGGAGGACGGCAAGGACAGCGAGUUCGCCGCCAUCGAGCACCUGCCCGGCUUCGAGCUCUUGUCGGACCGCGAGAAGGUGCUCUGUAGCUCCCUGAACCUGAGCCCCGCGCGCUACGUGACCGUGAAGACCAUCAUCAUUAAGGACCACCUCCAGAAACGGCAAGGGAUUCCCUCCAAGAGCCGCCUUCCCAGUUACUUGGACAAAGUCCUCAAGAAAAGGAUUUUAAACUUCCUCACGGAAAGUGGUUGGAUAUCCAGGGAUGCUUCCUGAGGCCAGGGCGCUGUGAAAGCCGGAAUGAUGCUAAGAAGCUUGUGAGCCAAAAUGAUUGGGGCGAGGGAGGGGGGAGGAAACGCUUUUUCCCCAUUGUUGCUCUUUUUUAAACAAAUUGAGUUCCUUUUUUUAGGAUACAAAUUCUUUUUACGGUCCUCUGAAGAAGCAAUAGUAACAGUCUUAUAUCGGAUCAUGGGGGAGGCAGAUAUAUGUAUAUUUUAACUUAGUCCUAAAAGUAAUCCUUUAAGAUGACGACUUGCCUUCAUGUGUUCAGUUUGGAGAAUAGUGUGAGAGUAAUUUCCUUUUAUUUGUUUCUUCCCUUUGGUACACGACUGUCGUUCUGUAGGUAAAGGAGCACCAUUCCCCGCCUGGCCUCCAGCUUCUCCCCGCCCACGGCGGCCCAGACCCCCAGCACAGCCCGGCACGUGGCACUUUAGAGGGGGCCAGACAGGCAGGUGGGACCGUGGGGCUGUGGGACAGGAUGGGACGUCAGUAGGGACUUUAAAGGAGGAAUCUGGUGUCAAACACAGUGGCCACAUGAGCUUCCCCUUAACCCCCAGGUAGUGGCAGUUUGAGCUCAGGGUGGGAGAGGCGGAGCUGUGGUGGGAGGAACGGCAGACCCCCUGGGUCUCAGGGGUGCUUUGGGGGGAGCCUAAGCGGGGGCGGAGGGGACUGGGACCAGCUCCAGCUGCCAGAACAACACUGAGCAGCCUCCCCUGGGGCUGCUGCUUGCUGCUCUUAGAACCUGCAGUGCAUUUUACUUGGAAAAACUCGUUUUAGAAGUCAGGCUGAGAGCUCUGGGUUCUGGUGUUAGCUCCCUCCAGGGUUUUCAGCUCCCUUGCAAGUACCUCUUUCACCGAGACUCUGGCCAUGUGUCUUCCUGGGGGUGGCAUCAGGCACUCAGCCAAGUCAGGGUGGGAGGGAGCAUUGAGGCUGCUGCCUCCAACCAGACUCAGAGCGGCUGCCACCCAGCCGGGUUUAGAAACACGUUCAGGGGUGGUCUUUCACGGACGUACAUGGUACCUUCCUUCCAGAACUUUGAGAAAGGCAUGACUUCCGGCUGCUCGGGGCUCUGGUGUCCAAGACCCUGCUUAAGAGUGGGCGGAGUGGCCGUGGCCCCGGGGCUCCACCCCUCCCGAGCUUGUCCUGCCCCCAUAGCCCCCAAGACUGUUUACCUCCUAGAAUGUUUGGGUUUGAAGUUACAUUAAAGUGAAGUUAUUUGAAAGAAAAAAAAAAACCUCAUCAUUUCCAAGGAUGACUUAAUUACGGUGCCUUUUCCUUUCUUUUUGCAUCCUUCUGCCCCUAGGGUAGAUUUUCCAGCAUUAAAUAAAAUAUUUCAAAUAUACUGUAUGUGGCUUUAGUUGCAAAUACACUGCAUGUGGGCAGAGAAGCACUCCCUGUGCCCAGGACUUCUCUUUGACCAUAGGAAAUAGCCAGCACUAGUGUCAUUCCUGAAGGCCACUCCCACACCGUCCCUUGCAGGGUAACUGUGGCCAACAGAGCCGGUACUGUCUAUUCAAGCUGUGAUGGGGACAGUGCUAAGUUUUUACAGGGCUUUUGGCCAGUGGUCCUCAUCUAGGGCUCCUGGGAACCUGCUAGAAGCGCACUCAGGCCCUGCCCAGUCCCCCUGAAUCAGAAACCCUGUGGUUGGGGUCCAUGGAGCUGUUUUUGCAAGCCUUCCAGGGGACUGGGAUGCAGGCGAGAGUUCAAGAACCACUGGCUUUAGCUACUCUGGUAUCUUCGAUUUUCUACAUCAGAUUCCUAGUUUGGUGAGGUUUUAAAUUUAGUCUUAUUUUUAUAUAAAAUGAUUGCCAGCCUUUCAUUAAGCUUGAGAAGCAAAAGAUCCCUGGAAAUAUGUGUGGCCCCGGCCAAGACCUGUCGAAUGAAAAACUUUGUGCUUAAGCAG